AUGUCCAUUGCAUCCCUUCCCGUGGAAUUGACCUCAGAGAUAUGUAAACAUCUAGAUAUCCAGCAAUGGGCCGCUCUGAGGUUAUCAUGCCGCGCAUUGUACGAACAUUCACUUGAGAACUUCGCGGAAACCUAUUACAAAAGCAUCCGUUUCAUUGUGACAAGCGAAAGUCUCCACGAAUUGGAAAAACUAUCCAAGUCAAAUGGUCUCCGCGAGCACGUCCAAGAGCUUUGGAUGAUACCAACUGUGUUUAGUGGCACUGAAGAGCCCAUUGGCAUGGUAUCUAUAUCAUCAAAAAGCUGCCGUCAAGUGAAAGGUGACGAGCUGAAUACCCGACAUGCCGUUCACAAAGCGAUGGUCGCGGAUAAUUCCAAUCUGCUGGAAUCAGAAACAUUCAGUGUUCGACUUCGGGAAUGCAUAAAUCGAUUUAAAAACCUCCAAACAAUAGGACUCGCACAUUAUAGCACGGAAUUCUUACUUGAUCCACGGCAGCAGACGGUUCGGUUCCUGGGAAGGCGACAAAUGAUAAGCCAGCUUGAUUUUCGAUUCGAUGUUCACAGCCUGCAAUCCUUGACCCAGACCAAUACGAAUUCUCAGAUAAGGAACCUGAACUCCCUGGCAUUAUCGAAGCUUUUUCUUGCGUUAUGUGGCUCAAACUGCAAACCCCGAAAGUUAUAUACCUGCGAUUCUAAUUUCUGUGGUGAUAUCGGCCCCAAAAUUGCCCUCUCUGAAGAACAAUUUGACUCUCUACUGUCUGCUUUAAAAAGCCUAGGAGAUUUCCAUUUAUGUAUUGAUCUUAAUAAAGCCGCCUGGCUGAAGCUUAUCACGAGCCUUGCACCGCAGUUAGAAAGACUGACUUUGUCGCAAGAUCAUAUGCCUGCCUAUCCUGCAAAAAGCUACGUUGGAAAUAUGUUCCAGAAAACUAACUUCACUCGACUCCAAGAGCUUCAUAUUAAUAAGUCAGAUAUCUAUAUUAACACUUUAGAAUUACUAUUGCUUAGUGUAAAGAAAAGUCUGGUCAUUCUUACAAUCAAGCGAGUGACAUUACGCAGUGAGGAGUUGAGAGCUGCAGAUGAUUCCGCUCCGCAACACAAGGAAUCUCCUAACCAUCAAGAAGAUCAAAGCUCUACCCCGUUAAUGCCUACCUACACACCUGGUGACGUUGGAUUUGUUCCCACUCCACUAGGACUUUAUCCAACAUCCCCAUUAUAUUCACCAACGUCGCCAUCUUUUCAACCAACAUUGCCAUCAAUCCAACCAACACAGCCAUCAUUUCAACCAACACAGCCAUCCUACACACCAGCUCUACCAGAAGCCGAACCAGAAUUACUAGAAAGCGCUCCCCCAUCUCCACAAGAUUCCUCGAUUUCCUCGACGUCUCAGCCAAAAACAAAUGAACAUCUAAUAGCAAACUGGCCAUCCAUUUAUGACCCAUAUCCUCCACCUGAGUUUGCCGAUUCAGUCUGCCCAACCUUGGAAGCCCGAAUGGCAUGGAAACGCAAUGAACAAAACCUGACUUGUGUGUCUAGUCUUUUGGACACUUUACAGAAUGAGCUAUCUUUAGAAGCACUGUCUCUGGAAGAUAUCAUCUGUGACGGCAAUUAUUAUUAUUUUUUCCAAAGAGGCAACGAUGGAAUCGAAAAAAGUGGCCGAGUGGAUUUUGACAUUCACAGCGCUGGUAUUCUGUUGAGGGAAUGGAUUUCCGAUUUGAAGCCAGAGGCUCGCUGUCCGGGAUAUCGCAUUAUAGACCUAAAGGAAAGCAGAGGUUGGUAG